AUGAGCUUCUACCCCCACCAAACUACAUCCGUGAUAAUUCCGGCCAGCCUAGAACCUAUACACACCAGUCGCCUGUAUCUGCGACCGCUGACAGUGGGUGACGCUGGGGCCAUCUUUGAGAUCCGACGACGACAAGACGUGGCGGACUGGCUCUGGCCCAAAGUCCCCCACAAAGACAUAUCAGAAUCCGAGGCUAUCAUUACUAAAAAAACGUUCACAACACCAGAUGCGUCAGGUGCUGUCGGACGAAGGUUCUUCUUCGCCAUAAUCCGCUCCGAGGAUCCAUUACAGAAAGUUAUCGGAGCAGCGGGAAUAAACGCUCUUACCCCAGCCCCCUCAGUUGGGUACAAUAUACAUCCGGACUUCUGGGGAAUGGGCUAUGCCACCGAGGCAGUUGCUGGUAUUAUAGAUGCAUGGUGGAAACUUGACAGAAUGGGUUUUGAGGGGACUGUAUUGGAGUUGAAAAAGGAGAAGCUGUUUGCGGCGUGCAACAGAGCGAAUAUAGGCAGUGUGAAAGUGCUGCAGAGGACUGGGUUUGCUAUCUACCACGAGGAGUCGAUUGAGGGUGACGUGGUUGCACUAUUUGAGCUGGAUAAUCCCACCAGAUAG